GAGUGACUUAGGCGCGGGUUGGGGUGCGUUCCUGGCCCCGUGCGCGCUCUUGCUGCUCCGCGGUGUCCCUUAGCUCACCUCCAGCUCCCGUCCUCUCGGCGGCCCUGGCCGUGUUGGCGCGAGCUGCGGUGGCCUCAUCCCUGGCCUGGGCCUUUAGCGGAGAAAGAGUUAACUGGUGGGGACCAGGAGGAGUCCGAGGCCGGAGGAAGGAAAUUGCCUUAAUUCUGAAAGUUUGUUCCUUCCCCUCUUCUUUUCCCUGCAGUGCUGGGCGCGGGGAGGCGGCGGUGCUGACACCUCAGAGCUCGGCUCCGCGCCUCCGCUCCGGAGCUCCUGCCGGUCUGCCUGGGGCUCAGGGAUAGCUGUCGUGCUCCGACCUCCUCCGCGGACCUCCUCCGAGUAGGUGCGCCGAGUCAUGGAGGGCGCAGACCUAGCAGGGAAGAUCCUUUCCACGUGGCUAACUGUGGUGAUCGGCCUUAUCCUCCUGCCUUCCGCUUUCGGGGUGUCUUUGGGCAUCUCGGAGCUCUACAUGAAAAUCCUGGUGAAAACUUUAGAGUGGGCCGCAUUACGAAUAGAAAAAGGAGUCCCAAAGGAGUCGGUUCUUAAAAACUCAGCUCCUGUCGGUAUUAUCCAAAGAGAUGAGUCACCCAUGGAAAAAGGGCUCUCUGGUCUGCGAGGAAGUGGCUUUGAGCUCUCUGACGUGUUUUAUUUCUCCAAGAAGGGAUUGGAAGCCAUUGUGGAAGAUGAAGUGACCCAGAGAUUCUCCUCAGAGGAGCUAGUGUCAUGGAAUCUCCUCACAAGGACCAACGUAAAUUUCCAGUACAUCAGUCUGCGGCUCACCAUGGUGUGGGUGCUGGGCGUGAUAGUACGCUACUGUGUCCUAUUGCCUCUGCGGGUAACCUUGGCUUUCAUUGGGGUUAGUUUUCUCGUUAUAGGAACUACACUGGUUGGGCAACUGCCAGAUAGCAGUUUCAAAAACUGGCUGAGUGAACUGGUCCACCUGACCUGCUGCCGGAUCUGUGUGCGAGCCCUUUCUGGAGUCAUUCGUUACCAUAAGAGGCAGUACAGACCCCAGAAGGGAGGCAUUUGUGUUGCCAACCAUACCUCUCCACUAGAUGUUUUUAUCUUGGCAACGGAUGGAUGCUAUACUAUGGUUGGCCAGGCUAAUGGUGGACUAAUGGGAAUUAUUCAGAGAGCAAUGGUCAAGGCUUGUCCACAUAUCUGGUUUGAACGUUCGGAAAUUAAGGAUCGACACUUGGUUACUAAGAGACUAAGGGAACACAUUGCUGAUAAGAAGAAACUGCCUAUAUUAAUCUUUCCUGAAGGAACUUGCAUCAACAACACUUCAGUCAUGAUGUUUAAAAAGGGAAGCUUUGAAAUUGGAGGAACCAUACACCCGGUUGCAAUUAAGUAUAACCCUCAGUUUGGUGAUGUCUUUUGGAACAGUGGUAAAUACAGUAUGGUGAACUAUCUGCUUCGAAUAAUGACCAGCUGGGGCAUCGUCUGUGAUGUGUGGUACCUGCCGCCCAUGACCAGACAGGAAGGGGAAGAUGCCGUCCGGUUUGCUAACAGGGUUAAGUCUGCUAUUGCUGUACAGGGAGGAUUGACUGAGCUUUCCUGGGACGGAGACCUGAAGAGAGCAAAGGUGAAAGACAUCUUUAAGGAAGAGCAGCAGAAGAAUUAUAGCAAGAUGAUUGCGGGCAAUGGAUCUCUCAACUCUCAAUUGGGCUGAACACCACCCUGUAGAUAAAACUGGGCUUCCUAGAACUAGCCCUUAGAAAUGCAGUGGGUUUUUUUCGGGGGAGGGGGUUGUUUUGUUUUAUUCUUUUUAUUUUUUUUAUCAUUAAUCUUUUUCUACAGGAUGAUUGUCUCUACCUCUCUAUGCUGAGGCAGAACCAACAGGUGCCCUUUUUGGCUUUUGUUGUUCUUGUUAUAGCAUUAGCCCCAUGAAUUGAAAGGGAGUUUACUGGGCUAAAAUAGAUUUUGCCUUUCGUAAAAUGAUGAGUGAUUGUUGACUAAAUGAAAUAUUUGUACAGGAAAAAGUGUUUCCAAAGAGUGUGUGAAACUCGCUAAUACUGUAAUUCUCAAAAAAAAAAAAAAAGCAACCAAACCCAAA